AUGUCACGCAGACGUCGAGCCGAACCGAGAAUAGUAAAACCCGACCCGCGGUACAACAACGCGGAGUUGGCCAAGUUCAUCAACCGGGUCAUGCUCAAGGGCAAAAAGUCCACCGCACAGCGGUUGGUUUACGAUGCCCUGGAACUGGUGCGGACCGACAUGAGCCAGGACCCCAUGGCGGUGUUUUCCACGGCGCUGCGCAACGCCACUCCUCUGGUUGAGGUGAGGCCCCGCCGAGUCGGCGGCGCGACAUACCAGGUUCCGGUGGAACUCCGCACCAGCCGGAGCGAGGCGCUGGCAAUGCGCUGGAUCAUUCGCGGCGCCCGCGCCCGGAACGGGAUGCGCAUGGCUCGCGGGCUCGCCAACGAAUUCAUGGACGCCGCCCGGGGCGAAGGUUCCGCCGUGCGUCGCAAGGACGAACUGCAUCGGAUGGCAGAAGCCAACCGGGCCUUCGUACAUUACCGCCGCUAA